AUGGAAAUUCUGUCCCCAGAACCGCCUCGCGAAUUGAAUAUUCCAGUCGAUGAUUGCGAGGAUACAGUCAGAUCUAGUGGAGAUAGAAAAUCGAGACGAUCAAAAUCGGGCAAGGAGAAAAAGAGCUUUGAAUCGGAAGAAGAUCAAAAACUCAAACGCGGCCUGGCAAAGAUUCAGUCAAAUGAUUUGACUCUUGUUGAAUUACGAGCGCGACAGAUGCAGAUUCGUGAGGAAACUGAGACUUUGAGAAAAGAAAAUGCUGAAGGCUUUUACAAGCUUCGGCAUUUGUUGGGCAAAAAGGGUGUUUCUGUGCUGGAAGAUUUGUAUUUUAAAGAAUACCCUGACCUGGUGCACCAACUCGAAGCGGGCUCUUCUUCCGAACAGGGCAAAUUAAGAGAUGGUUCGGGAAGUCACAGAACACCAAGGGAUCUUAUUUCCGCCUCUUCUUCAGAAUCAAACAUGACGGAUGUGGACGAACGGAUCUUCUACCAAACUGAAGUUCUCGAGGAGGGGGCUCAAGCAGUUCCAACCAAAGUAGAAUCCCUUCUGGGGGAAGAAGAGGACGAAGAAUUAGCGCGUCUUUUAGAGCGAUCUGAAAAGAGGGCGAACUUCAUUGAGCGAAACAAAGAACUCGCCGCGUCAGGCGACAUUUUGACAAAAAAUGAAAGGGAUAGAUUGGAAGCGAUUCUGGCCACGGAAGAUGAAGAAGAGAAAAAUACUGAUACAGAAAUAAGAUUGGCUCAAAUAAACACCGAGCUUGAAAACAAAUUCUCCUCCACGGCACUCGUCCCCGUCAACAUCGAAGACUCAAGGUCAGAAAAGCGCCUUCGAGAAAUCGACUCGCGAUUGAGCUUCUUACAAAGUCAAGCGAGUCUAAGAACCGGAAGCACGCAGUUAUUAGCGAUUAAAGACGUAGAAGACGGGGAAGAUUCCGCAAGAGAGCCGCGCUCAGAUGACAUUACCAAAAUGCUCGAAGAAUUUCAAAUGGAACUCGAGAGGAUAUCCACUGUUUCCGCUUCUGAAGCAGAUCAUGAGAGCUUGAGCCACUUUGAGCUUGAAGAAUCGAUCUCAGAGGAGCAAAUACAAGAGCUUUUGGCUUCAGCUAAACAAGAGCUCAAUUUAUCCUGA